GGUGGUUGGGCUUGAGAGGGGUUCACAGUCCUUUCACAUUAGCUGUGCUAGCUCUAUUUUGAAGCUGUUUGCUGGCUCCAUUUCCAUUACCUUCAGGACCCCUUGUCCAGGAUGGUUCAGCCCAGCCAGAGCAAGGGUGGGCCCUGUUGCCCGGCAGGUCAACUGCCUCCUGUCUCCCGUGGUUGCCUUGCUUCCUCAUUUUCCUCUUUUUGAUGGCACUUAGGUGGGUUUUUGCAGGUUUCACAGCCAGUGAGGGCCAUUUUUUUCCACCUUCCCAUCCUGGAUAUUCCUGACUGUAUGGCCUGGAUCAGGCUGUGUGUGUGAAUGGCUUGGGUUCCCCCUCCCUGCCCUGUCUCUCAUGCUGCCUGGCAGUGUGCACUUGGGAGAGAAUGUCAAGGAAUCUGGCAAGAUGUGAAAGGGGGAUUGUGGACCCCCACCCAGCUCAUGAUAUUUCAAAGCCCAGUGUCACCCUCCCCACAGGGACCUGGAGGUGGGCAAUGGCAGCAGCCCUGCAUGGCAUGGGGUGGAAUAGGAGCUUUGCAGAGGAACAGCCCUGAGGAUAAGAGAGGGCCUUCCACACCAUAUGGAGUCCCAGGGCUGCAGGCACUGCAGCUGGACACUGAGCAUCCACACAGCAGGACGAAUCCAUGCUGCAGAGAAGCCCUAGAGACCUGGCUGGGUCAUGACCCAGGAGCCUGUGAGCAUGGCAGGGACAUGCGACACCAUCUACAAGGGCUUCGCUGGCUGCCUUAUCAGCCUGGGGGACAGCAUGGUGCAGAGCGUCCAGCAACAGCAGCAACAGAAGAGUGGCCAGGAGGUGCAGGAGCUGGAUACCAUCUGCAAGUCCUGGGAUGACUUUCAUGCCUGUGCCAGCAGGGUCUUAUCAAGCUGCCCUGAGGAGGCAGCUGCCAUCUGGGAGUCACUGCGUGAGGAGUCCCGCAAGAUCCAGUUCCAGGGAAACCUGCAUGAGCUAUGCAGUGCCCAGGCCCGCCUGGCCAGUGCCCAGGGCUCACCAGCUGCUGAGACCAACCAGGAGACACUGCGGGGCUCAGCCACCUCGACAUGCCUCGGCCUCCUGCCCUUGCUAGCCCUGGUGGUGCCCUGGGUCUAGCCCUGCAGCAGUGCCCGGACCCCUUUCUGCCCUACCUGGUAUGGGACAAACCCAGGGUCUGUUUGAAGAUGAGGAUGUGGGAGCAUCACCUCCACCAUGGCUGGGAGGCCUGAGCGAUAGGGCCUGCAGCAGGGUGGUUGCCUUGCCACCCACCUUGCAGCCCUCACUGUCAGCACUGGGCUGAGAUGGCUCGGGGGGACAGUGGCAUUUCAGGCAGCCUGUUCUUCAAGUGCCACCACCUCUGGAGUUGUCGAACAGCCCUGCUGUACCACACUUGGAGCUGGAGACUCCAGGUGCUGGAGUCCUGUCCUGAGGGACAAGGGCUGCGCCCACCCUGCAGAGCCAGGCCUGUGCCCAGAGCUGUUUUGGGCUCCCUCUUCCUUGCAGCCCUAGUGCUGCCAGGGAUGGCUUCUAUGCAACUGAGGGACCCCGGAGGGGGGAGGCUGUGGGAUGGCCCUUGCCCCUGGUGGGGCUCCUUGCUAGAAGCUCGGUAGCUUGUCAUCCCUACGCAAGGUGAACCUUGCCCUCUUGGUCCUGCAACCCCUGCGGCCUCAGUGCCCACAAUGUGACCACCACCAGACCCGUCUUAUGGGGGCAUAGUCCUCUUUCUCUUUUGGAUCCCUUUGGAUAUAUUUAUAUUUAUAUUAAAA